GGUAUCAGUGGCAUUAUGGAAGUUAAGUGGAAGGAAGUCCGGGAUAAAGGGAAGGGCCUUGACCCCAAGGGGCUGUGGAACGGGGGAGAGGGGGACGUGAAGGGGCGUUUCUUCGGUGUUGUGACGCGGCCCGGUUUUGUCAGUCCAUCCUUUAACAUGCUGUGGGUCGCACAACUCGUCCUCCUAAUAUCGGGUGCAGUCCAUGCAGGCUACACACCAGACUGGGAGUCAUUAGAUACGAGACCUCUGCCUCCAUGGUACGACAGUGUGAAAAUUGGAAUCUUCAUUCACUGGGGAGUGUUUUCCGUCCCUUCUUUUGGGGGUGAAUGGUUUUGGGACCACUGGCAAGGAUCUCAUUCAGAAAAGUAUGUUGAAUUUAUGGAGAAGAAUUACCGGCCAGGGUUCACCUAUGCAGACUUCGCGCCCCAAUUUACAUGCGAGUUCUAUAAUCCAGAACGGUGGGUGGAGGUCUUCAAUGCAUCAGGUGCUCGCUACAUAGUGCUCACUAGUAAACAUCAUGAAGGAUACACCAACUGGCCAUCAAAAUACUCCUGGAACUGGAAUAGUAUGGAUGUUGGUCCACAAAGGGAUUUAGUAGGAGACCUGGCUAAGGCAGUGAGAGAGAAGGCACCUCAUAUCCAUUUUGGACUCUACCAUUCUCUUUAUGAAUGGUUCCAUCCUCUGUAUUUGCAAGACAAGAGUAACAAUUUUCAAACCAACGACUUUGUCACCAGGAAAACUAUUCCAGAAUUAAUAGAAUUGGUCAAUGAAUACAAGCCUGAGGUUAUUUGGUCAGAUGGAGAUUGGGAAGCAAAAGACUGGUACUGGAACGCAACCGGAUUCUUGGCUUGGCUUUUCAACGAUUCCCCCGUCAAGGAGACGGUCGUUGUCAAUGAUAGAUGGGGUCAGGGAAUACCAUGUCACCAUGGAUCGUACUACACCUGCACUGAUCGAUACAAUCCAGGUGUUCUUCAGCCUCACAAAUGGGAAAACUGCAUGACCCUAGACAAGGACUCUUGGGGGUACAGAAGAAAUGCUGGAGCUACUGACUACCUUACUAUUCAAGAGCUCAUUACAGAAGUGGCCAUGACAAUUAGUUGUGGAGGCAACAUUCUUGUAAACGUGGGGCCAACCCAUGACGGUGUUCUUCCACCAAUCAUGGAGGAGCGAUUACGUCAGCUGGGGUCCUGGCUAGAUAUCAAUGGAGAAGCCAUCUAUGAUACUAAGCCAUGGGUUCAUCAGAACGACAGCCUAACUUCUGGUGUCUGGUUCACCAGCAAGGGCGACCUGGUGUACAGCAUUGUUCUCCAGUGGCCCAGCAAAGGAGUCCUGUCUCUCGGAUCAGUGUCAGCCACACCCCAGACUCACGUGUCUAUGCUUGGAUAUAAUGAUAACAGCAUAGCGAACACACUACAAUUCAAGAGUGUCAAAGGCGCCAUGCAAGUGGCCUUUCCAGACAUGGCCGAUGUCAAGAGCCGGUGGGCUUGGGUCCUCGUCAUGACAGGUGUGGAACCAGCCAAAGGCAGAAAGUAGAAAACGUGUGGAAGAAAAAAUAUCAAAUGAUAAGCUUUCAAUCAAUAUUAUUUCUGCAGACUCUUCAUGGUGUGAGGCCAAAUUCCAUCACAUCAAAUGAAAGCCUUGCAUCUUCCCUUCAUGAGUGACAAAACUCUUUGCUAAGAAUUUAACUGAAAACAUCACCUGUUCUUUGAUGUAAAACAUAUAGAUUUUGUACUA